AUGAAAGACUUUGCGUAUUUCUUUUUGCCUUUUGGCGGGAUAUUGGCGGCUUUGCUGGUGUUUGUGCCCACGCGGCGCGUGCACCGCGCCUGCGUGUCUUUGUGCUGCCUCCACCUGCAGCUGGGGCCGCUGCACAUCGGAAUAGCAGCUUCUGUGUGUCUAUACUCUUCAAUUCGUCUUUUCUUGACAGCCAUGAAGCUGCGGGAGGUGUACGCAGCAGCAGCGCGGCCGGAAGCUGCUGCUGCUGCGCUCGCCGGGCUGCCCCCAGCAGCAGCAGCAGCAGCAGGCCUCAAGGGCGGCAGCAGCUACCAACUGCGACACGAAAGGAAUCUUUGGAUUGAACUCUUCUGUCUCGUUUUGUGGCUGUUUGUCUGGCGCUGCGGGAAGCUGCUGGGGCGCCAGUGGCAGCGCAUUGACGCCCUCAAGGCCGAGCUGCUGCUGCUGCAGCAGCAGCAGCAGCAGGACAGAAAUGAACGGCAAGCAGCAGCCAAACUCACAGGCCCAGAAACGGCAAAGCAGCGGGAAGAGGAAGCUGCUGCGAAGGCCUCCAGCCUAAAAGAGGACAAGGCCGGGGGCUCCAUAGAAAUGAUGCGGCUGCGGAAGACGGCAGGGAGCGCCGAGGCGAAGGAAGACUGA